AUGUCUCUUGCACAGCAUGUUUCCAGCGUUGAAGGCCCAGAUCGCGUCGAUCUCGCCAGUCUGUACGACGCGCCGGACAACGCCAGUCUACAGCUCGGAAGGAGGCUCAGCUUGACCUUGAGCUACGAUCCUCUGCCCAGAACAGACGCCCAGACGACGGAGAAACCGGAGCCCGUUGGUGCUUACAAAGUUUCAACUCUCAAAAGGACUGCACAAGUUACUGUCGGCGUUAUAAUAUGUAUCCUUGCCUCAGGAAUCAUCUUCGGGUUCGCAGCACUGAAGCAGAUCCUUGUUGAGGAGUCUGUUUAUCGCGAUCUAUGUACCCGCGAAGAGCUCGACCGUGGUGAGACGCUUUGCUACCUACAAGACCAAAGGUUGAACCUGAUUUUUAUUCUCGGUUCAGUCACAACCAAUCUCUCUGCCCUGCUCGUUGGCAGCAUUCUAGAUCGGUACGGACCAUUUCCAUGCGCCCUAGCCAGCUGUGCUAUCCUUUCUUUGGGAUCAAUCUGCAUGUCUCUGGCAGCCUCACUGCCUUUUGAUGGCUAUGUGGUAGGCUAUUUUCUGCUCGCUCUGGGCGGCACCUUCACCUUCGUCCCUUCUUUUCACCUUGCGAAUGCCUUCCCGCAAUUGCAAGGUCUGAUCCUAUCUUUGAUCACCGGCGCCUUUGAUGCCUCUGCCGCCGUAUUCCUCGGUUUUCGCGUGCUAUACCAAGCAACCAAUGGUUCUUUUGGUAUAGCAGAUUUUUUCCGGCUGUACCUGACCGUACCAGCUCUCAUGCUUGUUGCUACGCUUUUCCUCAUGCCAAAGCAGUCUUACGAGACCAGAGCCGAACUUGAGACCCAGAUGGAGCGCGUGGCUGAUAAUACCCUCGAUGUUCACGACUCGGAUGAAGACCUCGAAACAACGGCAGAAGUCUAUCGCAUCCGUUCCAGGAGAGCAGCGGAGAGAGCAAAAGAUGUCGCUCAAAUCGAAGGCCUGAUCGGUGAUCAGAACACGCAGAUCCAGCACGAGAUCGAUCAAGACACAAAGAAGAUCGCCUCGGGUGUAUGGGGCGUCCUCCACGGUAUGCCAGCUGGUCAGCAGCUGAUGACUCCCUGGUUCAUUCUCAUAUGCCUCUUCACGGUUCUACAGAUGACACGCUUCAAUUUCUUCAUCUCCACUAUUUGGACUCAGUACAACUACCUGCUCGAUUCUCCAAGUCGCGCGACCGAGCUCAACGAGUUCUUUGACCUAGUUCUUCCGAUCGGUGGCGUUGCAACAGUCCCAUUCAUUGGCCUUCUACUUGACAAGACCUCAACUGUUACCGUUCUUGCGCUGCUGGUACUUCUUUCCACCAUCAACGGAAUCAUGGGUGCCAUACCGAAUACCACAGCCGCGUACAUCAAUGUGGUGCUAUUCUGCAUCUUCCGUCCCCUCUAUUACAGCGCCAUGUCGGACUACGCCGCCAAAAUCUUUGGUUUUGCCACUUUCGGGACUGUCUAUGGGACCAUGAUUUGUGUCUCUGGUCUGUCGAUCUUCUCCCAACCCGCUCUACAGGCUCUGGUACAUGACGUCUUUUAUGAAGACCCAGGACCUGUCAAUCUCUACCUUGCAAGCGCGGGCCUCAUCAUCGGUGUCGCUCUGGUCAUGUACAUCGACAACAAAGCCAAGGAGAUCCGGCAUAAUCAAUACCAGUUUCUCGUUGCCAACGCCGGAAACAUGGACCAGGACGAUGAGCGCCGGAGCCUUCUCAGCGUCAGCCUCUACGACAACCGCCAAAGUACCACACCACGGAAACGUCGUAUCGACCUCACCAGCCCCCGCCUCCGCCCGCAAGACGGCCAAUAUGGUAGCAUCCCCAACAUUAACGCGAGCCUCUUCUACAACUACGGCAGCAUUGGCGCCGGCCUCGCCCCAGCAGGCUCCGAUGCAGGUGCGGAAGACGACAUCACGCCAGUAGGCAGCCUCCGGAUCAGGCGCAGCAGACAGGCCUUGGGAGCGAAUCUACGGACAGUCACGGAGAGGGACGAACCAGAGGAUACAGCCGAGCCGGGAAACAGGAGGAUUCGCGAUUGGCAGCUGCGCACCAGUGACAAGCAGCAGCGUGGGGAAGAGGCGACGACGCCCAGUGCGUCGGAGGUCAGCGCCGAUGAGCGGGAUGGGAUUGACGAGAGCGAGAAUGAUGCGGAUAUUGAGGAGGGAGCUGAUGAGCUCACGCGUUUAAUCAGUCUGGAUGACGCUGGCGAGGAGGAUGCUGCGGCGGCACAGGGGCAGGGACAAGGUCGCGGGAGGAUUGCGCCGUAA